AUGUGUGUGUUGCAGUCGCCGGGGCCGACCAUGUCUCGCGCGGGCUGGACCCUGCGCACGCUGCUGCUGGCGCGCGGCGCGGGCGUGCUGCGCGACCACAAGGCGGGCGGCGGGCGCGUGGCCCGGCGCGCCGCCCUCGGCUCCGACCUGGUCGACUGGCUGCUCGGCCUCUCGCCGCAGGUGCACUCGCGCGCCCAGGCCGUUGGCAUGUGGCAGGCGCUGCUCGAGGAGGGCGUCGUCGCGCACGUGAGCUGCGAACAGCCGUUCAAAGACAAGAACCUGCUGUACCAGUUCUGGCAGGACAUGGAAGGCGCCAUGGCGAUGCCCACAGAGGACGACGUGGCGCAGGCCGAGGACCAGCUCAGCUCCAGCCUCAACUCGCUCAUCCAGCGCGGGCCUGACGCCACCAUGCGCAUGAUCCUGCGCAAGCCGAGUCACGAGCGCACACCUGAGGACCUGGAGAUAAUCUACGAGGAGCUGCUGCACAUAAAGGCGCUGUCGCACUUGUCCAACUCGGUGAAGCGGGAGCUGGCCUCCGUCAUCGUGUUCGAGGCACACCCCAGGGCCGGGACUGUGCUAUUCAACCAGGGCGAUGAAGGACGGUCUUGGUAUAUCAUACUCAGGGGUUCAGUGGACGUUGUCAUACAUGGGAAAGGAACUGUGACGACGCUGCAAGAGGGUGAUGACUUCGGAAAGCUUGCACUCAUAAAUGAUGCUCCAAGGGCAGCGACAAUCGUGUUACGAGAAAACAAUUGCCAUUUUCUGCGUGUCGAUAAGCACGAUUUUGACCGCAUUCUCCGAGGGGUGGAAGCAAACACGGUGCGACUCAAAGAGCACGGGCACGACGUCCUCAUACUCGAGAAGAUCUCACCAGCGCGGGGCUCCGUCUCUUCGCAUUUCAAGUACACUGUCAUGGCGGGUACUCCACAGAAAAUGCUGGAGCACCUGCUCGAGACACGUCUAGAUGGACGUGGCUGUGGAGGAACAGUAGGUGGCCGAGAUGUCGCACCUCAUCCGUCAAGUGACCCUUUCCUGGAAGACUUCCUGCUGACUCACAUUGUGUUCAUGCCUACACAUCAGCUGGUGACAGAGCUUUCCAGACAUUAUCGUAUAGAUUCUCCAAGCCAAGAUCGUGAUUUCUUAUUGGCAUGUAAGAGAAGAGUUGUGCAAUUUGUACAUAGGUGGGUGCUUACAAUCAGACACCCAGUUUUUGAUGAUCCAAGCUCUCUUGAGUUUCUUGAGGAAAUGGCAAGUGAAUUGGAAGUAGACUGCAUGCAAUGGAAUUCCUUACAGGAAGAGGCCAGUCUCAUGCACCAUGUUAUGUCUCAGUUGAGACGUUACCAAGAUGAACGUUCUCUCAAUGCAGGACAGAAAUGGAAACUGCCACCAUGUGGUCAACCAAUCAGCCUGUUCACCGGAACCAGUGAAGGAAGAACUGUUAUCAGACCUGAUGAUGAUAUUAUCUUCAGAGUAUACUGUGCAGAUCACACAUAUUGUACUCUGAGGUUUCCUGUAUGUACUACAGCUGAAACCAUAAAAUUAUGUGCUGCAGACAAGUUAAAAAUCAGGCAUGAUGACCUUGUUCUUGUUGAAGUAAAGUCAUCUGGGGAGAGAGUUAUUUUUCGUGAUAAUGACAUCAGUAUACCAACAGGCUUAAGCCUUAAUGGGAGAAUUUUUGUUUCGCCUAAGGAUCACAUCGAUGCUUUGACAUGCUUAGCAGAACAGGAAAGUCACACAGAGGGAAUGGAUGUAGACUUGGAAUUGUUCAGUACAAAAGAACUGGCCUAUCAUAUGACACUCUUUGACUGGGAUCUAUUUUGGUGUGUCCAUGAGUAUGAACUGAUAUACCACACCUUUGGCCGACAUCAUUUUGGCCAAAUAACUGCAAAUUUAGAUGUCUUUUUGCGCCGUUUCAACGAAAUUCAGUUUUGGGUUGUGACAGAACUGUGUCUCACCCAGUCUCUUGGCAAGAGGGUGCAAAUUCUCCGAAAAUUUAUAAAACUUGCUGCCUACUGCAAGGAGUAUCAAAACAUCAAUGCAUUUUUUGCUAUAGUUAUGGGUCUCAGUAACGUAGCAGUUAGCAGGCUGUCUCUAACAUGGGAAAAACUCCCUUCAAAGUUCCGUAAACUGUACACUGAAUUUGAAGGUUUGAUAGAUCCAAGCAGAAACCACAGGACAUACAGGAUAGCUGUGGGAAAAAUGCAGCCUCCAAUGAUUCCCUUCAUGCCACUUCUUUUAAAAGACAUGACAUUCACACAUGAAGGAAACAAAACCUGUCUGGAUGGCUUGGUGAAUUUUGAGAAGAUGCAUAUGCUGGCACAAACAAUGCGAACAAUUAGAUAUUGUCGUAGCAGACGUAUAGUUCUAGAACCACCAUCUCCAAAAAGUGAAGCAGAGGUACGAUCGUACAUCAGUUGCUUGAGGACAAUAGAUAACCAGAGAGUUCUAACAAGCUUGUCUCAGAAGCUUGAACCAAGAAGAUCUUAGUAAAUUAGAAACCAAAUCUGUUGGUAUGAAACUUAUAACACCAAAGACAUUAUGGUCCUGUGGACAUGUACUUUCCAAAGAACUGAUUAAAACUAUCCUAGAGCUUUCCAGAAAUACUUCAGUGUAUCAUUUGUAAAUGUUUACAUAAAUCUAGUCACAAAUGACUGAAUUUUAUUUAUAUGCAUGUAAAUUUUGUAACAAAAGAUACACUAAUUUAUAUAACAAAAUAUCUAAUAUUAACAAUUAUUCUUUUAAUUGUAAUUUCUCUGUAUGCACAUUAUUAAAGUAAAAUGAAAAGCAUUCAAAAAUGCAGAUAAUUUUCAGGGGAAAUUUACUCAUACAGUGCAUUUUUUUGGCACUAUGUAUUUGCCCAUCAAGAAGCAAUAUUUUAACAAUAAUCGUUGUUGAAAGUGAGUGAAAUUUUUAUCCAAGCCUACUACACAACAAUCAGCAUCAGAUUUUAUAAAAUUAAAUGUUUUAAAAGUAUUUAAUUUUUGUUUGUGUGUACAAUAAGACAAUCUCUCUCUCAAUUAUGAACUAUUAUUUGCCACUCUGUAGAUAACAUUCUAUUUACGGUUAACAAUUUGUUAUUUCCUAUGCAUGUGCUCUUAUUUUUUAUCAGCAUUAGUUAAAUUUAUCUUCAUGCUUGAUACACUACAGCAGAUGACCAAUAUGUAUUUCACUAUGAAAGAGUCUAUUGGUUUUUACAAAUAUUUUGUAAAUAUGUCGUCAUGAUAUAUGUGAUUCAUGCUCCAGUAGUUGCCACUUGGCUGAAUAGCAUGCCACAGUCAAAAAAAGACAAAUACAAAUAUGAUAUAUGAAAUGGUUUCUUCACAUUGCAUAGGAAGUAAUAAUUGUAGCUAUUUAUCAAUUGUUGAAAUUUUAAAUUAGAAAAUCAGGUCUUUCACUACUGCAGGACACCAGAAAGCCAUUAUGGUUUUACUGAGGAACUAUUUUAUUACUACUUAAUGAAAAAAUUAUGAAUGCCUCUUCAUAUAGAGAUACUUAAAUUCUAAAUGACUGAUGUUUAAUUUUUAUUCUAGAAGAUGUUUUUAUUAAAUUAUUUUUAUUAUUUGUUUAUGAUAAAAUAUUGUUAAUCUGGGUAGAACUAAUCAUUACUGUUACUAAUACAGUCAAAUCUUAAAGUGUGAACACUGCUGAAACAUUAUAAUAUAAUAUUUAUGAAUUUCCCAGCAACAAAAAGAAUGCUUGUGUCAUAAAUGUAGUAUCUGACAAUCAACCUUAAUUAGAAAAAGUGUGUAUGCUUUGUUAGUGCAAUUUUUUAUUAUUAUUUUAAUUACAGCAUGAAAGAUACCGAAAAGAAUCUCUCCAGUGUGUAACGUGACCAUUCAAAUGCAAAACUGAUUAUUUCUGCUAAAUGCCAUUCAACAUACUUGGUUUGUCAAGUACAAAUGCCUUUUACUGAAAUACAGUGCUAUUCCCCCUUUUUUUCUCUGCAAUUAAUAAACAAGCUGAGACCAUUACCAGUAUUUCUUUAAAUUGUAUUUAUAAAAAUACAUAAUGUUGCAACAUUUUCAUUUUGCUACAUUGAUCUUUAAUCAUGGUACUUAAAUAAAAUUCCGAGUAUCAGCUGACACAUUUCAUAUGCCAUAAAAAAUCAGAUGAUAUUAUGUACCAAUAUAUCAUGAAUCCACUGAUUUUCUGUCUUCCUGUCCUCUCUCUUAAAUUUCAAAUAGCAUGAUACUACAUCAUUAUCAGUUUAACAAGACAUUGUGACAAUACCUUACUAGAAAAACAGUCAAUGCCCAUUUAAAGCAGUUCCUCAUGGCUGGCUUAUACCCACAAGAGAGUAUCAUGUGAGAGUCAUAGUGAGAACCUACUUUGCAUAAGAAUAAUGGUUAAAGUCUCUACUGUCUCCCUUUGGUCAAAUGUAUCAGAAGGAACUAAAUCGAAACAUUUCCAAGUAGUUCACUCUACAGACAGAGUGCUAUUGCCAUUUUUUGUUACUGUGUUCAGUAAUAUGAAACAUCAUCCCUACACACUGUGCUGUUACUGUAACCAAAUAAUACAAAAUCAGACUUAAAUGCUUUGAAAUCUCUACACUCCCACCACAAAGUUGUUAGGUUAGGAUCAGGGCGCAGAUGGAUGAAAAGUCCAGACACAUGUACUACUAUACGUGCACUGGCUGUCUGCAUAGAGUACAGAUUUUGCGUAUGUUUUAAUUUUGAAAACGCUGUUAAUUUACAAAAUCUAUUAAAAGUAAUUUAAUACAUCAAACAGCUUUCUCAGAUGUCAUUCUAGUGAUAAGUUCCCACUUCUCAACAUAAUUCUAUUUAAUAACAAACUUGGUUUAGCACCAAAAUGUAUUGUGAACCAUCUACAUAGCCACAGUUUUAUUUUCUUCAUCAAUGACUUCUCGCAACACAGUACCGCAUUAUGUGUUAUAAGUUGUCCCCCACUUUCCAUUGUUUUUGAGCUGUUAUAUAUGCUUCAGAAUACAUUGCCACACCAACUGUGCCAUCUGUGUCAGUGCAUAUAACAUAGCCAGCAAACUGGUGGUAUCAAAAGUGGAUAAAGGGAACUAACCAGUGUUACUAGAAAUGUCAGAACUUAAAAAUUUACUGUGUUCAAUAUGAACUGCAAAUAUGAUUUAAUCUUUGUUCUAAUCCAGUAAGAAAUCAGUUCUUCAAGAAUUGUAAGUGUAAAAGUAUCCUUUGAAUAUUUCAGCGAGUGCAAUCA